AUGUCAUCGAAGCUCUUUUAAUUAUUAACUAUGCUUCUUAUUUUUAAUAUUUAAAAAAUUGCCAAUUAGCAAUGUUUGGUAAGUAAAGCAAAAAUUAGAUCAAUAAUUAGAGGUCAUUAAAUAGAUGUAGUCAACUAAAAAAAAGGUGCUUUGAUUUCAUCAAAAAAAUAGAAUGGCUUUUUAGGAGGUAAUAAUGGAAGCUGCCUUAGAGAUACUAUUUACACAUUAACUGGAUAUACCUCAAGUUCAUUAGGAUAAUCAGUAAAAUUAGAAUUAUUGCAAAAUUAUGAAUUAAAUACAAUAAAAAUAUGGUUUUGGGAUGGAGAUAAUAGAUUUUACAGAAUUUAGGUUUACAUAAUUUAUGAAAAUUCAGAAACAUAGAUUUAUGAUAAUUUUGCAAAAAGUAUAUUUACAAUAAAGUUUCCAACUCGGUGA